AUGGGUCUACGAAUCAAAUUACGGAAGACGUUCUCCUCCUCCUCGACGAAAAAGAGCAGCUUCCCAGAGUGCUCGCCUACGGGUGAAAAAUACUACACCGACCGCACCGACAUCGAAUACUAUAAACCCAAUGAGAUUCCCAAAUCCAAAUACAAAGGCAAAAUCGACCCGGAGCACGCAGCCAGCCUUGCCGCCUUCUCCCUCGCCGACGCCUUCUCAACUGCCAAAAAACGCAGUUCCGCAGCCUUAUCCGGCACAUUCUCACCUAGAGGCACAAACGCUCAGAGCCGAGCAGCUAGCCGGAUCGCCAGCCGAGCCCCCAGCAGACGACCCUCGUUCGACAUUCACCGAUCGAACUUGAGGACUGAAGCCCAUACGGACAGCAGCAUCAGCAGCUCAGGCAGCGCGAGCAUUUCCGCCAGCACAGCUCUAGAUAUCGAGACUGCAAGCACAUCGAUAUCCGACCACACCACCGCCGUGGCAUCCGCCCCUGCCGAGCUCAACAUGAAACUUGUUCAGCACGACAGCGGCAUCGGCAUGGAGAUUCCCGACAUCAUGCUGUCAAAGCAAAUGACCGUCCACGACACGCCAUUCACCGUCGAGGAACUCGAACAAGCCAUGACUCGCGCUUCAUUAAAACCCAAAAUCUUUGCCGAAGAAGACGAAUAUCAGAUGCCGUCGCGGCGGCGCGCAGCUAUCGCUUGA